GAAUUUCUUGCCGUGUGUUUGGAAAAUUGUUUUUGACCAAUGUAACUUGUUUAGUUAAAUCAGUGUUUUUUUCUUAUUUAGUUUUGUUAAAUUUAAUUGUAAUUAGGAAUAAUUAAUAUAAUAAGUUAAUAUGGCUGUUGGUAAGAAUAAGGGAUUAGCCAAAAGUGGUAAGAAAGGAGCCAAGAAGAAGAUUGUUGAUCCAUUUACCAGAAAAGAAUGGUAUGAUGUCAAAGCUCCUUCCAUGUUCUCGGUUCCUCACAUUGGUAAAACAAUUGUUAAUCGGACACAAGGAACUAAAAUUGCUAGUGAAGGAUUAAAGGGACGAGUGUUUGAAUGUUCUCUUGCUGAUCUUCAAAAUGAUGAGGUUGCUUUCCGUAAAUUUCGUUUGGUUGCCGAAGAAGUUCAAGGAAAAAAUGUUUUGACCAAUUUUCAUGGAAUGAAUUUAACCACAGAUAAACUUCGAUCAAUGGUGAGAAAAUGGCAAACUCUUAUUGAGGCGAGCAUUGAUGUAAAGACAACCGAUGGUUAUUUGCUACGAGUCUUCUGUAUAGGAUUUACCCGUAAACCAUCUGAUCAAAAAAGGAAAACAUCAUAUGCUCAACACACUCAAGUACGAGCAAUUCGUAAAAAGAUGAUGGAUAUUAUUACAAAAGAGGUUAAAGAUUCUGACCUUAAAGAAGUUGUAAACAAGUUAAUUCCUGAUUCAAUGGCAAAAGAUAUAGAGAAAAAUUGUCAUCGUAUUUAUCCAUUACAUGAUGUUUGUAUUCGAAAGGUUAAAGUGCUGAAGAGACCUAAAUUUGAUUUACCAAAAUUAUUAGAGCUUCAUGGACAUGGUAAAGGAGGUACUACCGGUACCGCUGGUGCAAGUGGAGCUGCCGGUGCAGGAACAGAGCCAAUGGCUGUAGAUCGACCAGAUGAUAAAUAUGAACCACCAGUCUUAGAAUCUGUUUAAAAUGUUUAAAAUUGCCACAAUUUACAAUUGCUAAUUACAACAACAACAACAACAAAAAAACAACAACAACAACAUCAAUAUAAUAAUAAUAAUAACAACUUGGAAAAAAAAUGAAAAUUGUUAUAAUUUUGUUUUCUCAUAACAUCACAUUUUGAUAUAAGGGGAAUACAAAGAGCAAUCAAAUUGUGGGAUCUUUAAAGCUAAAUAAGAUCAUUGCUUUGAAAAUGAUGAAAACAUCUCUAUCUUUAUCUACGCAAAUAAAAUGGUCAAAAAAAAUCUCAA